UUAAAGACGGCCCAUCAUCUAAUUAGUACAUGUGCAGCUACCUCCCGCCAAAGUAUACAAGAAUUUGAAAACAAUGAUCUAAAUGUCUAAACCAAUCAUACAAGUUGUCAAAAUGCGCUUCAGAAGAUUGCACAGCACUUGUACGCAUUCACUACCAAACCAACAGGCCAACCAUCUCAAACCAGAAUUACCACGCAGUAAACAUCCCAAAUUACCCAACGGUAAACCACCUGUGAAGUCAACAAAAGUCAAUAGCUCAGAUAUAGUGCAAUGGAACAGAUCAAUCACCCAACACAUGCGACAAGGCGAAUGCGAUUCCGCGUUGCGCUUAUUCAAUUCAAUGCCUGCCAAGUCAUGCGUAUCCUGGAACGCCAUGAUUUCAGGGUAUUUGUUGAAUGGCAGAUUGGACAUUGCUCAGAAGUUGUUCGACGAAAUGCCUCAAAGAGACUUGGUAUCCUGGAACAUUAUGCUUAGUGGGUAUAUUAAAAAUAAGAAUUUUGGGGCUGCUAGGAUGUUGUUUGAUCAAAUGCCUGUUAGAGAUGUAGUGUCGUGGAAUGCAUUGCUUUCCGGGUAUGCCCAGAAUGGGUAUGUUGAUGAUGCUAAAAGGAUCUUUGUAAUGAUGCCUGUGAAGAAUGAGAUUUCUUGGAAUGGACUUUUGGCUACGUAUGUUCAGAAUGGAAGGAUUGAUGAGGCGAGGAAAUUGUUUGAGUCGAAGGAUGAUUGGCCGUUGGUUUCUUGGAAUUGUUUGUUGGGUGGGUAUUUGAAAAAGAGGAUGUUGGUUGAGGCAAGAUUGAUUUUUGAUCAAAUGCCUGUUAAGGAUAAGGUCUCGUGGAACACAAUAAUUUCUUGUUAUGCCCAGAAUGAUAAUUUGGAGGAAGCAAGGAAGUUAUUUGAUGAGUCCCCUAUUAAAGACGUGUUUACAUGGACUUCAAUGCUUUCUGGUUAUGUACAGAAUGGGAUGGUAGAUGAGGCUAGGAGGAUCUUCGAUGAGAUGCCAGAGAAGAAUGAGGUUUCGUGGAAUGCAAUGAUUGCAGGAUAUGUGCAGUCUAAUAAAAUGGACUUGGCGAGGGAAUUCUUUGAGGCAAUGCCUUGUAAGAACAUCAGCUCUUGGAAUACAAUGAUAACAGGUUAUGCUCAAAAUGGGGAUAUCACGAGUGCCAGAAAUUUGUUUGAUUGUAUGCCUAAUCGUGAUUGCAUCUCUUGGGCAGCAAUUAUUGGUGGAUAUGCUCAACGUGGCAAUAGCGAAGAGGCAUUGCGCAUGUUUGUUGAAAUGAAGAAAGAUGGCGGGAGGAUAAAUAGGUCGGCAUUUACUUGCGUUUUGAGUACAUCUGCUGACAUUGCUGCAUUCGAGUUUGGGAAGCAAAUACAUGGACGACUCAUCAAGGCUGGAUAUCACACUGGGUGCUACGUCGGAAAUGCACUCCUAUCAAUGUACUGUAAGUGUGGAAGUAUUGACGAAGGAUAUGACGUGUUCAAGGAAAUAGCGGAGAAGGAUGCUGUCUCUUGGAAUACCAUGAUCAUUGGUUAUGCAAGGCAUGGUUUUGGCAAACAAGCUCUUAGACUAUUCGAAUCAAUGAAAGAAGCGGGUAUCAGACCAGAUGAUGUUACCAUGGUUGGCGUAUUAUCUGCUUGCGGCCAUACCGGCUUGAUUGACAAGGGCAUGGAAUACUUUUACUCAAUGGCCCGAGAUUUUGGAAUAACUACAAAUCCAAGGCAUUAUACUUGCAUGAUUGACCUUCUAGGUCGAGCUGGGCGACUGGAUGAUGCUCAAAAUUUAAUGAAGGACAUGCCUUGUGAACCAGAUGCUGCAACUUGGGGUGCUCUCCUUGGGGCGAGUAGGAUUCAUGGAAACACUGAAUUAGGAGAAAAGGCUGCUGAAAUGAUUUUCAGAUUAGAACCUUGGAAUGCAGGGAUGUAUGUCCUUCUCUCAAAUUUAUAUGCAGCUUCUGGCAGAUGGCGUGACGUUAGCAAGAUGAGAUUAAAAAUGAGGGAUACAGGUGUAAGGAAAAUGCCUGGUUACAGCUGGGUUGAGGUGCAAAAUCAGAUACAUCUUUUUUCAGUUGGGGAUACCAUGCAUCCAGACAGCAAGAGAAUAUAUGCUUUCUUGGAAGAGUUAGAGUUACUAAUGAAGAAGGAGGGUUAUGUCUCUGCCACAAAAUUGGUCCUGCAUGAUGUGGAUGAAGAGGAGAAGGCACACAUGCUCAAGUAUCAUAGCGAAAAAUUAGCCGUUGCCUUUGCAAUUCUGAAUGUACCGUCUGGGAGACCAAUUCGUGUGAUGAAAAAUUUAAGGGUUUGUGGGGAUUGUCAUACUGCAAUCAAACUCAUAUCAAAGAUUGUGGGUAGAUUGAUAAUUAUUCGGGAUAAUAACCGUUUUCAUCACUUCAGUGGAGGUGUUUGCUCCUGUGGAGACUAUUGGUAGUACUAGAGUGUGAAAGUAUACCAAUUAGAUUUCAGCUGCUGUAAUACUUAGCUAUUCUGCUGCCCUUCUCCAUACCUGUUGAGCAUUUCCUGUAGUUAUUGAACACGGGGAAGCAAAGCACAAGCACUUGCUUUUUGGUUCUGCCUCUAUUCAGGAUACAUGAGAAACUGUUAUCUUAAGCAACACCACAGAAGAGGGAUAAGUAAAUAAUCCCUUUCUUGUUGUUUGGUGAAUUUGGUGUGUAUAAACUGUGAUCUCCUCAUUGAUGUUGGUAAAAAGGAGAGAUGCUGAGAUAUCUGGCCCAUAAUCCUUGCAUUUAAGCACCAUAGAACAAAAGGAGGAGUAAUACUUGCCUUAAGUUUAUCAGAGAUCGGGUAGUCAGAAUAGAGUCAGGUGACUGUGUAGCCUACACAGUGUAGGAGGGGUCUCGCAGUUGUGCCUCUAAAUAAGUCAAGUACCACUUCCGGGGUACUGACUCUUUGGUCCUCUGUUCUCUGGUGAGAGAUUCUUGACCGGCUUAUUCGACCUGUCUGGCCCAAACGUAUGACAGUGACUGUUUGUCAGGUAUCAUAAACCUUAAAUCUGCUCUACACGAACCUCACUGACUAAUUGCCUACUUCUUUGAGCACCACUAGGUAAGAGAUAUUGAUAUUAUUGUGGCCAAGUAUUUACAUAGUGGAACUUUCCUCAAAAUGUCGCUUACUAACAUAACUUAUGCUAUCUAAGAUUAUCCUGGCCCUAAGUUAACCUCAUUUGCGGCCACAACAAGAUAUGGCGAAGUGCACGUGUUGUAUGACUAGACAAUCACCAAACUCAGUUCAAUGGGUACUGGUAUCCUUAUGAGUUUUUGAGAGCAAUAGGUAAGAAAGUUUCUUUCAUCCUCGAUUCCUCUUGCUAUGAUCUAUCUCGGGUGAGAUUCACUUAAAAGUAUAAUUUGUUACUCUGUUCAAAGCAGUGAUAGCAUUUAGUCUCUGUCAUUUGUAGUGUUUGAGUUUCUAAACUAGUUACAUUCAGUUUCAGCUUUCAGGAAGAAGGUAUAAUUCGACAGACUGAACAGAAUGGUGGAAAAAGCCACAUUGCCUGAAGGUAGAAAAUACUUUGAUCAGUUAAGUGGAUCCAAUGGGAAGUUUUUGGGUGUGGUUGUGAACAUAUAUCUGCUCCAUUCACUUUUGUCAUUCCAUUCAUAGGAGUAAUCAUUUAUCCUGACAUAUUAAGGUGGGAUAGUAGUCAAGUGGAUGCUGGAGUAAACCAACUCUACGAUAUAGCAAGACAUAAUCAAGAAGCAAUUGUCUAGUUCGGAAUCUCCGCUUAGCCCUUCAAUAACUACUAGGCAAUGGAGAGCUUCUUUGAUGAUUUUGGCUGGUAAUGUUUUUCCAGUUCCCAAUACAAUUCAGAAAGAGUUAACUAUGAACCUAUUUGGAUGGCUUAAAAAAAGCAACUUAU